ACGUCACGAAAAACGUUUUCACAACAUAAUUCAGUAUGGCGGCGCCCAUGAAAUUUUUUACACAUUUUAUAAAUCCUUUGAAAUAGUUAGUGUUUUAUGUUUUAUGCUAGAAAAAUGGCUUCAAUUAUCGAAACAUGGGUCAAUGAUAAACUUCAUGAUAUACUGGGAAUAUCAGACAACUUCAUUUCUCAAUUUCUUCUGGGACUGGCCAAGAAAUCAGCGGAUCCUGAUGAGUUUAUCAGGAAACUUAGAGAAACUGGCACAGUCGAGAUUGAUGCAAAUAUGAUAAACUUUGCUCAUGAACUUUGGAAUAAGUUGCCAAGAAAAGUUGUGGCAGAGAAAAGUUCCCGCAUCUUAGAGAGACAAGCCUUGGAGAUGCAGAAGAAAAAUAAAAGUUACCAACUUGUGGACAGUGAUAGUGAUUAUGAUUCAAAUAUUGUCCCAUCCAAGAGGUCAAAAUCUGAUAGGAAGAAACAGUACAGGAAAAAGCAAGAUUCCUCAUCAGAGGACAGCAGUGAGGAGCAAAAUCUAGAUCAGGAUGAUGACAGAGAUGAAACAGAUGUUGAUUCAGAGGAAGAAAUGGAAAAACAAAGACAACAGGAUUUAGAAGAGAGAGACAAGUUUGCUGAACGUUUAAAGGAGAAAGAUAAGGAGAAACAGAGAUCUGUCAUGUCCAAGUCAGAGAAGAAAGCAUACGAGGAAGCAAGGAAAAGGCUAGAAAUGGAGGCAAAGGACAGAAGGAAGAUCAUCCCAGAAUUAAGGAAGAAAUCUAGGAGGGAUUAUUUGAAAAAGAGAAACGUGGACAAACUAGAUGACCUCGAAGCAGAGCUGAUGGAUGAGGAUUAUCUAUUUGGGGAAAUGGAGCUUACAGAAAAAGAGAAAAGAGAACGAGAUUAUAAGAAGACCGUCCUCAAACUGGCAAAAGAUCACCACAAAGCCCGUGAGGUUGAAAAGGUGAAUCGGUAUUACAUGCCAAAGGAUGAUGUCAAAGUGUCUGAAAAAUAUGAAGAGGAUUUCACAGAGAAAGGUCCCAAUUAUGAACAAAAACGCUGGGAAGAGGAACACGUUGGUGCAGCCAUCAUGAAGUUUGGAGCUCGAGAUGCUAAAUCCAAAAGUAAGCAGAAGGAUUAUGACUUCAUUAUGGAUGAAGAAAUUGAAUUUGUACAAGUUUUACAGAUGCCAGGGACAGGAAAAAAUAAGGAUGAACCAGAAUUGACAGAUGCCCAAAGAAAGAAAAUGACAAUAGAGGAAACACAGAAAAGUCUGCCAGUGUAUCCGUUCAAACAGGACUUAAUUGAUGCUAUAAAUGAGCACCAGGUCCUCAUCAUAGAGGGGGAGACAGGGUCAGGAAAAACUACUCAGAUUCCCCAGUAUCUACAUCAUGCUGGAUUUACAAAAAAUGACAUGAAAAUUGGCUGUACUCAACCACGGCGUGUAGCAGCCAUGUCUGUCGCAGCCAGAGUCGCUGAAGAGAUGGGCUUUAAGCUUGGCAAUGAGGUCGGCUACAGCAUCAGAUUUGAGGACUGUACAUCUGAGAGAACCAUGAUUAAGUACAUGACAGAUGGUAUGCUUCUUCGUGAAUUUUUAGGAGAACCAGAUCUGGCAAGCUAUAGUGUGAUGAUCAUUGAUGAGGCCCAUGAGAGAACUCUUCACACAGAUGUUUUGUUUGGGUUGGUGAAGGACAUAUCUAGAUUUAGACCAGAUUUAAAGCUGCUCAUUUCCAGUGCCACCCUGGAUGCAGAAAAAUUCUCUGAGUUCUUUGAUGAUGCGCCAAUUUUCCGUAUCCCUGGAAGAAGAUUUCCUGUUGAUAUCUACUACACCAAGGCUCCGGAGGCAGACUACCUAGAUGCUGCUGUAGUGUCAGUGUUACAGAUUCAUGUCACCCAGCCUCCUGGGGACAUUCUGGUCUUUCUUACAGGCCAGGAGGAGAUUGAGACUUCCAAUGAAAUGUUGCAGGAAAGAACCAAGAAACUGGGAAGCAAAAUCAAGGAGCUUCUCAUCCUUCCUAUAUAUGCCAAUCUUCCAUCGGACAUGCAAGCCAAGAUAUUUGAACCUACCCCUCCUGGUGCAAGAAAGGUAGUUUUGGCCACAAAUAUUGCCGAGACUUCUCUCACAAUAGAUGGAAUCAAGUACGUAAUUGAUCCGGGAUUCUGCAAACAGAACAGCUACAAUGCCAGGACAGGAAUGGAGUCGCUCAUUGUCACUCCUAUAUCUAAGGCUUCCUCCAAUCAGAGAGCAGGAAGAGCGGGCCGAGUUUCAGCAGGAAAGUGCUUCAGACUGUAUACAGCAUGGGCAUACAAACAUGAACUGGAUGAUAAUACCGUCCCAGAAAUUCAGAGGACUAACCUGGGAAAUGUUGUGUUACUUUUGAAAAGUUUGGGAAUAAAUGACUUGAUCCAUUUCGAUUUCAUGGACCCUCCACCACAUGAAACUCUGGUGUUAGCACUUGAACAGUUGUAUGCUCUGGGGGCGUUAAACCAUCGAGGCGAACUCACCAAAUUGGGAAGGAAGAUGGCUGAAUUUCCAGUUGAUCCCAUGUUGUCUAAAAGCAUUUUGGCUUCAGAGCAAUACAAGUGUUCAAAAGAAAUCCUGACAAUAUGUGCCAUGUUAUCUGUGAACAAUGCUGUGUUUUAUCGCCCAAAAGACAAAGUAGUGCACGCUGACACGGCUAGAGUAAAUUUCUUUCGCCCGGGAGGUGAUCACUUGACCUUAUUAAAUGUGUAUGAUCAGUGGGAAGAGACAGCUUUCUCCACACAGUGGUGUUAUGAAAAUUUCAUUCAGCAUCGAUCCAUGAAGAGAGCCCGAGACAUCCGAGACCAGCUGGAAGGACUAAUGGAAAGAGUAGAGAUAGAGAUCACCUCAAAUCCUGGGGAGUCUGUGGGCAUUCGUAAGGCAAUAACAGCUGGCUAUUUUUACCACACGGCUCGAUUAGACAAGGGAGGUAAUUAUAGAACUGUCAAACAUCACCAGACGGUCAUGGUACAUCCGAACAGUAGCAUGUACGAGGAUCGACCAAAGUGGCUUAUCUAUCAUGAACUUGUAUUUACAACCAAAGAAUUCAUGAGACAGGUGAUUGAAAUUGAGAAUUCAUGGCUGCUGGAAGUUGCACCCCAUUACUACAAGCAGAAAGAACUUGAAGACACAUCCAAGAGGAAAAUGCCAAAAGGGGCUGGAAAGUCGAGAGAAGAAAUGACAAGAACAUACUAAAUGUCGACUGAUCAGUCCAUAUUGAGCUUCUGUAUUGUUGGUUUAUAAUGAUGUGCGUGAAGAUUUAAAUCGUUUGUAUUUUUCAACAACUGUUUUACAUACUGUAAUUCUGUCAUAAUGAAGACUUUGAUCAGCUGUGUGUGUGUGUGUGUGCGUGUCUUUGUGUGUGUGUGUGUAUGUAUGUGUGUGAAAGAGAAAGAGAGAAUAUUUCUUUAGUUGUUAUGAAAAACAAUUUAAAAGAAAUUGGGUCCAUUUUGUAAGUUUAAUGGUGUUUGUUCAAAAACGAUUCAUUAUCACGACACACCAGAUUCACGAAGUAUUUUGAUAAUGUUAAUUUGACAGACUGCUCAGUACAUACAUUAUCUGUAAACAACCUAAUCUGUAUUCUAAAGGAACAGGCAGCAGUGAGCAACAUGAAACUCAAUAAACUCACUGAAAAUAA